CUAUUUCGUCCUAAUAUUUUUUAAAUAUUAAAUUGAUUAAAUAUUAAAUUCCAAUAUUAGUUAAUAACGGAUCCUUUCUUUCGAUACGAUAUUGGAUUAUAUCAAAAGGAAAAUAUCGAUAUCAAUGUUAUCGCAACAUCCCAAACUACAGCUAGUCACUCCAGGACCUGAAUUAGUGACUCCAUAUUUAUUUUGAAUGUCCUAGAGUGAUAUAGCAAAAUGACGUACGCGACUUUUGAGGUAAGGACCUUUUAGAUAAUUUUAUUAAGCACAGAACUUUGUUCACAAUUAUUUUUGCAAGCUGUUUAAAUGUUACUUGAUCAUAUGGUUUAUGCCAAAAGGGUUUAUAACUGCGUUAAGGUUAAGUCUUGAAUAGACUUCAGUGUGAACGUUUAUCAUUUAUUUAGUUUUAUUUGGCCCUUCAUUUGAUUAAAAUUAGGUCAUUCAUGGAUUCAAUUUUAAAAACUGUGGGUUGUUAUAUCCACCGUCCUUUUCCUGACAAAGAAGUUAUGGUACAGGGUAAACCUAGUAUUAUGGAGCAAAUGGAUGUUGACGAAAAGAAGGGGGAAGGCUUUCGUUCUUAUUACAUCACUAAAAUUGAAGAACUGCAAUUAAUAGUUGCGGAAAAGAGUCAAAAUCUGAGAAGGCUCCAAGCACAAAGGAAUGAACUGAAUGCUAAAGUUAGGAUGUUAAGAGAAGAAUUGCAACUACUCCAAGAACAAGGAUCGUAUGUUGGUGAAGUAGUGAAACCAAUGGAUAAGAAGAAGGUACUCGUUAAAGUGCAUCCUGAAGGAAAGUUUGUAGUUGAUAUUGAUAAAAAUAUUGAUAUAAAUGAUGUGACUCCUAACUCUCGAGUGGCUUUACGAAAUGAGAGUUAUACUCUGCACAAAAUUCUACCUAAUAAGGUCGAUCCUCUUGUAUCAUUGAUGAUGGUUGAGAAAGUUCCAGACUCUACAUAUGAAAUGGUUGGAGGUCUUGAUAAGCAAAUUAAGGAAAUCAAAGAAGUAAUUGAACUUCCUGUAAAACAUCCAGAACUGUUUGAUGCACUAGGAAUAGCUCAGCCCAAAGGAGUUUUAUUAUAUGGACCACCUGGAACAGGUAAAACACUUUUGGCAAGAGCAGUUGCCCAUCAUACUGAGUGCACGUUCAUUCGUGUGUCAGGAUCUGAGUUGGUUCAGAAAUUCAUUGGGGAAGGAUCCAGAAUGGUUAGAGAAUUGUUCGUCAUGGCAAGGGAACAUGCUCCAUCUAUCAUAUUUAUGGAUGAAAUCGAUUCAAUAGGUUCAUCACGUAUCGAAUCUGGGAGUGGUGGUGAUUCUGAAGUCCAGAGAACAAUGUUAGAGUUAUUGAAUCAAUUGGAUGGCUUCGAAGCCACAAAAAAUAUUAAGGUCAUAAUGGCCACUAAUAGGAUUGAUAUUUUGGACCCUGCUCUUCUGCGUCCUGGAAGGAUAGAUCGUAAGAUUGAGUUCCCCCCACCAAAUGAGGAAGCUCGUUUAGAUAUCCUUAGAAUUCAUUCACGUAAAAUGAAUCUUACCCGGGGUAUCAACUUGCGUAAAAUUGCCGAGCUCAUGCCUGGAGCUUCAGGUGCAGAAGUAAAGGGUGUCUGUACUGAAGCAGGGAUGUAUGCCCUGAGGGAGAGGAGAAUCCAUGUCACCCAAGAAGAUUUCGAAAUGGCUGUGGCCAAGGUUAUGCAAAAGGACUCCGAGAAGAAUAUGUCAAUCAAGAAAUUAUGGAAAUAAACGACUCACUUAUUUUUUUUUUUUUUACUCUGUUUAAAAAGCUUUAAAUAUAUAGAUGUUUGUGAGGUUUUGUUAAAAAUAAAUAUAUACUAUAAUCAUAAACGUGUAUAUACAACUUGUAGUCAUCCUUAAGAAAAUAAAAAUAAAUAGGUGAAAAUAGAAAGAAAAAAACUGAGGCAACAAAAAUUAUUACAAACAAUUCUUAAAAAUAAUUUUACAUCUUAUAUUUAAAAAAAAAAAACUAAUAAGGAAUAUUAUUACAAUGCUAGGAAUUAACCCUGGGAGGCUUAAGUAUUGAGUAACUCCUAAGUACAAUACAAGUUAACAUCUAGCUCAAAAAUAAAAGGAAAUAAAUACAAUCAGGUUGAUAGUCAUACACAUUUCGAAUUAGUGUAUGCUCACAAUACUUAAGCCUCCCGAAGAGUCAUGAAAUCGGCAGACUUAUAACAUUAUUGUUUCCUUAAAACCAACUGAAUAUAAAUAUACAUAUAUAUUAUAUAUAACAAAAUGAUAAUGUUGAUGAUUUUUUUUUUUUUUUUUUGAUUUUUUUAAAUAUUCUGGGCCAACAAGCUGAAGAUCGACUGGGUCGAUGUGGUCUUUAGUCUUUAGCUGGGAAGAGACAUCAACUGUUACAGAUUAUUUAAGUGUAAUAUAAAUCUAAAGCAUUAAGACAAUUAAUGUACAUGAUACACAGCAUGUGGCACUACAUAGACAACUACAUUUAUGCAAGAGAGAAAAACCUUAAAUCGAAGGUAGAAAUUAAAACUUUUAGAAAACAAAAACGUUUGUGAAGCAAAGGUCUAAUUAUGAACUUAAAUGGGUAAAAAAUAAUUUAUACAGUCACUCAAGCGCAAUAUAUUUGAAAGAUUUCAAAAACAUUCGUAUAUAUAAAAUAUAAUUAAAAGGGAGACAUUUUAGGAUACGGAAUGUAAUGUCUAUACAUACUUUUCUUUUUUUUUUUCUUUUUUUAAAAUUAUUAUCCAAAUACCAGAAACUCAAGGGACAAAAAGAAAAGAAAAAAAUGAAGACAGAGAGGGUAAGUAAAUCUUGCGCGCACUUUUCACUCCCGCACAAAUUUAAUUUUUUUUCCAUUCAUUAUAAUUUUUAUUUAUUAAUAAUAAUGACGAUGAACAUUUGGUACUGUAUUUCUUCAAUCAGCUGCCUUUUUAAACUGUCGCCAGCGAUACAUAAACUAAAAUGUUGAGUUGUGUUGGUGAUAAAGAUGAGAUUAGAGGGGCAGCUGUGCAAAGAGCACUGAGGGCCCCUGAGAUGAGAGCGCGUCGGGGGGGAAGGGGCAGGCUAGCGGUUGGCAUUCUUCAGUUGGUUCGACAACCAAUCGAGGCCUUCAUAUAGACCAUCGCCUGAGGUCGCACACGUCGCUUGAAUGUACCAGUUGCGAUUGCGCAAUGAGUGUAGGCCGAGUUUGUCUGUUAUCUCAGCUGCAUUCAUGGCAUUUGGCAGAUCCUAAAAGAAAAAAAAUAAACAUGGGUUGUAAUUGGGCAGAUCAUAUAAACCAACUCUUCUAAGAGAACAUUUACAUUUAAUAUAUUUAAAUAGUACUAAGCAAAAGUAAGACCUUACAGUAUAUAAAACUGAAAUACAGCACAGCAAUAAGUUAAAAGAUCUGAUAAUUGUAUAAGGUAAAUGCACCAAUAAUAGACACUUUAAGAGAACUUUUUAAUAUUAAUUUGAAUCACAACUUAAGUUCUGGCGGUGGAUGUUAGCAAAUGAGUUUAAUUUACAGCAAAUUUAGUCUUACAUCAUAUUUUGUAUCAGUAAUAGAUAUCCCUCCAGGUUAUGGGGUCGACAUAUUUUUUUUUAUAUAAUUAAAAAAAUUCAAAAUAAAUGCUGAACAGUUUUUUUAAACAAUGAAAUAAAAAACUACAGAUGAACACAUCAAAAAUUCAAAAUUAUCUCCAAUAGAAAAGUGAUAAGGGAAGCUCCCUGAAACAAACACACCAGCCUUGGUCCAUUGGAAAAUCAACCAAUCCGUUUUGUGGCAUGUUAUCACCUGAGGUUCAGGCAUCAUCUUCCUCAGUGUUCUAGCUUCAACUUUAACCGUAUUUGCACUCUCUUA